AUGAUGCCAGCCUAUUGUCCCCUGACUGCCAGCCUGGCCCUCCUGGUGCUGCUGGGCACAGCCAGAGCAGGCCCCUUCUCUCCACGGUCCAAUACAACACUCCCAGCCCCACGGCCCCCUCCUCAGCCAGGGGGUCGCACAGCAGUGACAGGAAGAAGUCCGUCCUCUCAGCUUUAUGAGCACACGAUGGAGGGAGGAGAGAAGCAGGUGGUGUUCACCCACCGCAUUAACCUGCCCCCUUCAGCUGGCUGCGGCUGCCCCCCAGGUACUGAACCUCCGGCCCCUGCUUCUGAGGUGCAGGCCCUGAAGAUCCGACUGGAGAUACUGGAGGAGUUGGUGAAGGGGCUUAAGGAACAGUGCACCGGUGGAUGUUGUCCGGCAGCUGCCCAGGCUGGUACAGGUCAAACAGACGUGCGCAGUCUCUGCAGUCUUCAUGGCGUGUUUGACCUGAGCCGUUGCACCUGUUCCUGCGAGCCAGGCUGGGGCGGGCCCACCUGCUCGGACCCCACCGACGUCACCGUGCCUCCCUCCUCCUCGCCGCCCUCAACCUCCUCGUCCUGCCCGGAAGACUGUAACGAUCAGGGCCGCUGUGUUCGCGGCCGCUGCGUGUGCUUCCCCGGCUACACUGGUCCCAGCUGCAGCUGGCCUUCCUGUCCCGGGGACUGCCACGGCCGCGGGCGCUGCGUGCAAGGCGUGUGCGUGUGCCGUGCCGGCUUCUCGGGCGACGACUGCGGUCAGCGCACCUGCCCUCGGGGCUGCAACCAGCGGGGCCGCUGUGAGAACGGGCGCUGCGUGUGCGACGCCGGCUACACGGGCGAGGACUGUGGCUCGCGCGGCUGCCCCCUGGAUUGUGGCGAAGGCGGCCGCUGCGUAGACGGGCGCUGCGUGUGCUGGCCAGGGUACACGGGCGAUGACUGCAGUACGCGGACCUGCCCGCGCGAUUGCCGGGGCCGCGGGCGCUGUGAGGACGGCGAGUGCAUCUGCCAUGCGGGUUACAGCGGGGAUGACUGCGGCGUGCGCAGCUGCCCCAGCGACUGCAACCAACGGGGCCACUGCCAGGACGGCCGCUGCGUGUGCUGGCCCGGGUACACUGGGCCUGACUGCGGCGUGCGCGUCUGCCCGCGCGACUGUCGGGGCCGCGGGCGGUGCGAGAACGGCGUGUGCGUGUGCAACGCGGGCUACAGCGGCGACGACUGCGGCGUGCGCAGCUGUCCCGGGGACUGUCGAGGACGCGGCCGGUGCGAGAAUGGCCGCUGUGUGUGCUGGCCCGGGUACACCGGCCGGGACUGCGGCACGCUCGCCUGCCCAGGCGACUGUCGCGGGCGCGGGCGCUGCGUGGACGGCCGUUGCGUGUGCAACCCGGGCUUCACGGGCGACGACUGCAGCAGCCGUCGGUGCCCCGGGGAUUGUCGCGGGCGCGGCCGCUGUGAAGAUGGCGUAUGUGUGUGCAACGCGGGCUACGAGGGCGAGGACUGCGGCGUGCUCAGCUGUCCCGGGGGCUGCCGAGGCCGCGGCCAGUGCCAGGACGGUCGCUGCGUGUGUGACGAUGGCUACUUGGGCGAAGACUGCGGCUUGAGGCGGUGCCCGCGCGACUGCAGCCAGCGCGGUGUGUGCCAGGAUGGCAUGUGCGUCUGUUGGGAAGGCUACGCCGGCGAGGACUGCAGCCUCCGCACCUGCCCGGCCAACUGCAACCGCCGCGGCCGCUGUGAGGACGGGCGCUGCGUGUGCGACUCGGGCUACACGGGUCCAACCUGCGCUACCCGUACCUGCCCGGCCGACUGCCGGGGCCACGGGCGCUGUGUGCAGGGAAUGUGCGUCUGCCACGCUGGCUACAGCGGUGAGGACUGCGGGCAGAUAGAACCUCCCUCCAGCGGCUGUCCCGGGGGCUGCGGGCCUCGGGCCCUGUGCAGGGCGGGCCAGUGUGUGUGUGUGGAGGGCUUCCGUGGACCCGACUGCGCCAUCCAGACGUGCCCCUGGGACUGCCGUGGCCGAGGAGAGUGUCUGGACGGUAGAUGCGUCUGCCAGGACGGUUAUGCAGGGGAGGACUGCGGGGAAGAGGUGCCAGCUAUCGAUGGCAUGAGGAUGCAUCUCCUGGAAGAGACAACUGUUCGGACAGAGUGGACACCAGCUGCUGGCCCUGUGGAUGCCUAUGAAAUUCAAUUCACCCCCAUGACAGAGGGGGCAAGUCCUCCAUUCACAGCACGGGUGCCCAGCUCUGCUUCAGCCUAUGACCAGAGAGGACUGGCUCCUGGCCAGGAGUACCAGGUCACUGUCCGUGCCCUUCGAGGGACCAGUUGGGGCCCUCCUGCCUCCAAGACCAUUACCACCAUGAUCGACGGCCCCCAGGACCUCAGAGUGGUAGCUGUGACGCCAAAAACACUGGAACUCAGCUGGCUGCGCCCGCUGGCUGAAGUGGACCGCUUCGUGGUGUCCUAUGUUAGUGCCGGCAACCAGAGGGUUCGUCUGGAAGUGCCCCCUAAGGCAGAUGGAACGCUGCUGACAGACUUGAUGCCAGGAGUGGAAUAUGUUGUGACUGUCACUGCGGAACGGGGCCGGGCGGUCAGCUACCCAUCUUCUGUCAGAGCCAACACAGGGUCCUCCCCUUCAGGCCUCUUGGGGGCCACUGAUGAACCUCCUCCCUCAGGCCCCUCAACGACUCAAGGGGCCCGGGCCCCCAACCUGCAGCAGCGCCCCCAGGAACUGGCAGAGUUGAGGGUGCUGGGCAGAGAUGAGACAGGGCGCCUCCGAGUGACCUGGACGGCUCAACCUGACAUCUUUGCCCAAUUCCAGCUGCACCUUCGGGUGCCCCAGGGGCUGGGAAAUCAUGAGGAGCUGCUUCCAGGGGACAUUCGCCAGGCCCUGGUGCCCCCACCUCCUCCUGGAGCCCCCUACGAGCUGUUGCUUCAUGGGAUCCACCCUGGGGGUCAGCCCUCUGCCCCCCUCAUCUACCAAGGCAUUAUGGACAGGGAUGGAGAGAAACCUGAUCUGUCCUUGGUCCAGCCACGCCUGGGUGAGCUGACUGUGACAGAUGUGACUCCCAACUCGCUGCUCCUGCAUUGGACGGUCCCCCAGGGCAAUUUUGAGUCCUUUGUGAUCCAGUACAAGGACAGGGACAGGCAGCGGGUGGUACCUGUGGAGGGGCCACAGCGCUCAUUUCCUAUCACCUCCUUGGAACCUGGCCGAAAGUACAAAUUUGUCUUGUAUGGACUCGUCAACAAGAAGCGGCAUGGCCCACUGGUCGCUGAGGCCAAGACUGUGCCUUGGAGUGAUCCCAGCCCAGGGACCCUGCCCCGCCUGGGAAAGCUGUGGGUGACAGAUCCUACUCCAGACUCGCUGCGCCUUUCGUGGACAGUCCCUGAAGGCCAGUUCGACUCCUUCCUGGUCCAGUACAGGGACAGGGAUGGACGGCCCCAGGUGGUACCAGUGGAAGGGCCUGAGCGCUCAGUCAUUGUCUCCCCCCUGGACUCUGACCACAAGUACAGAUUCACUCUAUUCGGGAUUGCUAACAGGAAGCGGCAUGGCCCCCUCACGGCUGAUGGCACCACAGCCCCAGAAAGGAAAGAGGAGCACGCCCACCCAGAGUCCCCCAAGCAACCCCUCCUGGGGGAGCUGACAGUGACCGGCAUGACCCCAGACACCCUGCGCCUGUCCUGGACGGUGGCCCAGGGUCCCUUUGACUCCUUUGUAAUCCAGUACAAGGAUGCUCAGGGGCAGCCCCAGGCAGUGCCUGUCAGUGGGGACAAGAAUGAGCUCGCCAUCUCUGGGCUGGAACCUGAGCGGAAGUAUAAGAUGAACCUCUAUGGGCUUCAGGGCCGUCAGCGUGUGGGACCCGUGUCUGUGGUGGCCAUGACAGCUCCUGUCUCAGACAGGAUUGAAGAGACCCCUGCCCCCACAGAGCCCACCACAGAGGCCCCAGAGACUCCCGAGGAGCCACUCCUGGGGGAGCUGACAGUGACAGGCUCCACCUCAGACUCGCUGAGCCUCUCCUGGACCGUCCCCCAGGGCCGCUUUGACGGCUUCACCGUGCAGUACAAGGACAGAGAUGGGCGGCCUCAGGUGGUGCGUGUCGGGGAUGAGGAACGUGAGGUCACCGUGCAGGGCCUGGAGCCCGGGCGCAAGUACAAGAUGCACCUGUAUGGUCUCCACGAGGGGCGACGUGUGGGCCCCGUGUUUGCAGUGGGCACAACAGCUCCAAAACAGGAAGAAGAGGCUCCUCCAAUCAAUGAGCCCCCUCAGGAGCCACGCCUGGAGGAGCUGACAGUGACAGAUGUAACCCCAAACUCUGUUGACCUCUUGUGGACAGUACCCGAGGGUGAAUUUGAUUCCUUCAUGGUCCAGUAUAAGGACAGGGACGGGCAGCCCCAGGCAGUGUCUGUGGCCGCAGACCAGCGUGAGGUCACGGUCCCUGACCUGGAGCCCUCCCACAAGUACAAGUUCAACUUCUACGGGAUACAUGAUGGACAACGUGUGGGGCCCCUGUCUGUGGUAGCCAUGACAGCUCCCCUUCCAUCAGUCCCAGUCACAGAGGCUCCUGAACAUCCCCAGGAGCCUCGCCUUGGGGAGCUGAUAGCAACUGAAGUGACCUCCAACUCCGUGGGCCUUUCAUGGACAGUCCCAGAGGGCGAGUUUGACUCCUUCGUGGUCCAGUACAAGGACAGGGACGGGCAGCCCCAGGUGGUGUCUGUGGCAGCAGACCAGCGUGAGGUCACCAUCCCUGACCUGGAGCCUUCUCGCAAGUACAAGUUCCUGCUCUUUGGGAUCCAAGAUGGGAAGCGACAAGGCCCAGUCUCUGUGGAGGCGAAGACUGCUGCCCGAGGUGCUGACAGCUUAGGAACCCCACCUCGACUUGGGGAGCUGUGGGUGACGGAUCCCACCACAGACUCGCUGCGCCUCUCCUGGACCGUCCCCGAGGGCGACUUUGACUCUUUCGUGGUCCAGUUCAAGGACAGGGAUGGGCCCAGGGUGGUGCCUGUGGAAGGCCACCAACAUUCAGUCAUCAUCACCCCUUUGGACCCCGGCCGCAAGUACCGAUUCCUCCUCUACGGCCUCCUGGACAAGAAGCGCCACGGCCCCCUCACCACUGAUGGCACCACAGAGCCCCGGAGAGCUAUGGACAAGCCUGAAACCAAACGACCCAUGAAGCCUCGUCUAGGGGAGGAGCUGCAGGUGACCAGCGUCACCCCAGAUUCUGUGGGCCUCUCGUGGACAGUUCCCGAGGGAGAGUUUGACUCCUUUGUGGUCCAGUACAAGGACAAGGAUGGACAGCCCCAGGUGGUGCCUGUGGAGGGCAGCCUCCGGGAGACCACCGUCCCGGGCCUGGACCCUGCCCGCAGAUACAAGCUCCUGCUCUAUGGACUACAUGGUGACCGGCGUGUGGGUCCCCUGUCCGCCAUCGCUGUGACUGCCCCCAAGGAAGAAGACAGAGGUGUGACCGAGGCUCCAGCCCCUGCAGAGACUGAGCCCCAUCUGGGGCCACUCACCCUGGAGAAGGCCACGCCACACAGCCUGCAUCUCUCCUGGACGGUUGAGGGAGAAUUUGACUCCUUUGUGGCCCAAUACACAGACAGUGACGGGUUACUCCAGACGGUCAGUUUAGAUGGUGACCAGAAUGAUGUCACCAUCCCCGACCUGAAAUCCAACCAGAGAUACUUGGUGGACCUGUAUGGUUUCCAUGAUGGGCAGCAGGUGGGUCCUGCCCGCAUCGAGGCCCUAACAGAGGAGGAAGAGGAAGAACCUUCAGAACCGCCUACAGCUGCCAUCAAAACUCCUAUAAAACCCCGUGUGGGGGAGCUGGCAGUGACCGACACCACCCCCAACUCCCUGAGUCUGUCCUGGACGGUCCCUGAGGGCCACUUUGACCACUUCCUGGUCCAGUACAGGAAUGGGGAUGGGCAGCCCAAGGUGGUGCGGGUGCCAGGACACGAGGAGGAGGUCACCAUCUCAGGCCUGGAACCUGACCACAAGUACAAGAUGAACCUGUAUGGCUUCCAUAAUGGCCAGCGAGUGGGCCCCGUCUCUGCCAUUGGGGUGACAGAUCCAGAGGAAGAGACCCCCGCCCCCACAGAGCCCACCACGGAGGCCCCAGAGACACCCGAGGAGCCACUCCUGGGGGAGCUGACAGUGACAGGAUCCACCUCAGACUCGCUGAGCCUCUCCUGGACCGUCCCCCAGGGCCACUUUGAUGGCUUCACCGUGCAGUACAAGGACAGGGACGGGCGGCCCCAGGUGGUGCGAGUCGGGGAUGAGGAACGUGAGGUCACCGUGCAGGGCCUGGAGCCUGGGCGGAAGUACAAGAUGCACCUGUAUGGUCUCCAUGAGGGGCGGCGUGUGGGCCCCGUGUCCACAGUGGGCACAACAGCCCAUGAAGAGGAGCCCUCAGCUCCUGUGGCAACAUCUCCCAGCACCAGUCAGGACCUUCCAAAGCCACGCCUGGAGGAGCUGAUGGUGACCGAUGCCACUCCUGACUCCCUGAGUCUGUCCUGGACGGUCCCUGAGGGCCACUUUGACCAUUUCCUGGUCCAGUACAGGAACGGGGAUGGGCAGCCCAAGGUGGUGCGGGUGCCAGGACACAAGGAGGAGGUCACCAUCUCAGGCCUGGAGCCUGACCACAAAUACAAGAUGAACUUGUAUGGCUUCCAUAAUGGCCAGCGCGUGGGUCCUGUCUCCAUUGUUGGUUUAACUGCCCCAGGAAAGGAGGAGGAAAUGACCCCAGCACCAACAGUCUCAUCCACUGAGACCCCCGAGUCUCCCUUCAAGCCACGCCUGGGGGAGCUGACUGUGACCCAUGUGACCCCAGAAUCCCUGAGUCUGUCCUGGACGGUCCCCGAGGGCCGCUUUGACCACUUCCUGGUCCAGUACAGGAAUGGGGACCGGCAGCCUAAGGUGGUUCGGGUGCCAGGACACGAGGAGGAAGUUACCAUCUCAGGCCUGGAGCCUGACCACAAGUACAAGAUGAACCUGUAUGGCUUCCAUAAUGGCCAGCGAGUGGGCCCCAUCUCUGCCAUUGGGAUGACAGAUCCAGAGGAAGAGACCCCUGCCCCCACAGAGCCCACCACAGAGGCCCCAGAGACCCCCGAGGAGCCACUCCUGGGGGAGCUGACAGUGACAGGAUCCACCUCAGACUCGCUGAGCCUCUCCUGGACCGUCCCCCAGGGCCACUUUGAUGGCUUCACCGUGCAGUACAAGGACAGAGACGGGCGGCCUCAGGUGGUGCGUGUCAGAGAUGAGGAACGUGAGGUCACCGUGCAGGGCCUGGAGCCCGGGCGCAAAUACAAGAUGCACCUGUAUGGUCUCCAUGAGGGGCGGCGUGUGGGCCCCGUGUCUGCAGUGGGCCGCACAGUCCCUUUUGAGGGUAUGGAAGAGACCCCCACCCCCACAGAGCCCACCACAGAGGCCCCGGAGACUCCCAAGGAGCCACUCCUGGGGGAGCUGACAGUGACAGGCUCCACCUCAGACUCGCUGAGCCUCUCCUGGACCGUCCCCUAGGGCUGCUUUGACGGCUUCACCGUGCAGUACAAGGACAGAGAUGGGCGGCCUCAGGUGGUGCGUGUGGGGGAUGAGGAACAUGAGGUCACCGUGCAGGGCCUGAAGCCAGGGCGCAAGUACAAGAUGCACCUGUAUGGUCUCCACGAGGCGCGUCGUGUGGGCCCCGUGUCCACAGUGGGCCUUACAGUGGAUGAAGUUGGGAUGACCCCAGCCCCACCGACGGCUGCUCCUGAGUCUUCCUUCAAGCCACUCCUGGGAGAGCUGACCGUGACCGACGCUUCCCCAGACUCCCUGAGUCUGUCCUGGACGGUCCCUGAGGGCCACUUUGACCACUUCCUGGUCCAGUACAGGAAUGGGGACGGGCAGCCCAAGGUGGUGCGGGUUCCAGGACAUGAGGAGGAAGUUACCAUCUCAGGUCUGGAGCCAGACCACAAGUACAAGAUGAACCUGUAUGGUUUCCAUAAUGGCCAGCGAGUGGGCCCCAUCUCUGCCAUUGGGGUGACAGAUCCAGAGGAAGAGACCCCUGCCCCCACAGAGCCCACCACAGAGGCCCCAGAGACUCCCGAGGAGCCACUCCUGGGGGAGCUGACAGUGACAGGCUCCACUUCAGACUCGCUGAGCCUCUCCUGGACCGUCCCCCAGGGCCGCUUUGACGGCUUCACCGUGCAGUACAAGGACAGAGAUGGGCGGCCUCAGGUGGUGCGUGUUGGGGAUGAGGAACGUGAGGUCACCGUGCAGGGCCUGGAGCCCGGGCGCAAGUACAAGAUGCACCUGUAUGGUCUCCACGAGGGGCGGCGUGUGGGCCCUGUGUCUGCAGUGGGCACAACAGAGGAUGAAGUUGGGAUGACCCCAGCCCCACCCACAGCUGCUCCUGAGCCUCCCUUCAAACCACGCCUGGGAGAGCUGACUGUGACCGAUGUUACCCCAGACUCCCUGAGUCUGUCCUGGACAGUCCCUGAGGGCCACUUUGACCACUUCCUGGUCCAGUACAGGAAUGGGGAUGGACAGCCCAAAGCGAUGCGGGUGCCGGGACAUGAGGAGGAAGUCACCAUCUCAGGCCUGGAGCCAGACCACAAGUACAAGAUGAACCUGUACGGUUUCCAUAGUGGCCAACGUGUGGGCCCUGUCUCUGCCAUUGGGGUAACAGCUCCAGAGGAAGAGACCCCCGCCCCCACAGAGCCCACCACAGAGGCCCCAGAGACCCCCGAGGAGCCACUCCUGGGGGAGCUGACAGUGACAGGCUCCACUUCAGACUCGCUGAGCCUCUCCUGGACCGUCCCCCAGGGCCACUUUGACGGCUUCACCGUGCAGUACAAGGACAGGGACGGGCGGCCCCAGGUGGUGCGUGUCGGGGAUGAGGAACGUGAGGUCACCGUGCAGGGCCUGGAGCCCGGGCGCAAGUACAAGAUGCACCUGUAUGGGCUCCAUGAGGGGCGGCGUGUGGGCCCCGUGUCCACAGUGGGCACAACAGACCCCAAGGAUGAAGUUGGGACAACCCCAGCCCCACCCACGGCUGCUCCUGAGUCUUCCUUCAAGCCACUCCUGGGAGAGCUGACCGUGACCGAUGCUACCCCAGACUCCCUGAGCCUGUCCUGGACGGUCCCUGAGGGCCACUUUGACCACUUCCUGGUCCAGUACAGGAAUGGGGACGGGCAGCCCAAGGUGGUGCGGGUUCCAGGACAUGAGGAGGAAGUUACCAUCUCAGGCCUGGAGCCUGACCACAAGUACAAGAUGAAUCUGUAUGGCUUCCAUAGUGGUCAGCGAGUGGGCCCCGUCUCUGCCAUUGGGGUGACAGAGGAAGAGACCCCCGCCCCCACAGAGCCCACCACAGAGGCCCCAGAGACCCCCGAGGAGCCACUCCUGGGGGAGCUGACAGUGACAGGCUCCACCUCAGACUCGCUGAGCCUCUCCUGGACCGUCCCCCAGGGCCACUUUGACGGCUUCACCGUGCAGUACAAGGACAGAGACGGGCGGCCCCAGGUGGUGCGUGUCGGGGAUGAGGAACGUGAGGUCACCGUGCAGGGCCUGGAGCCUGGGCGCAAGUACAAGAUGCACCUGUAUGGUCUCCACGAGGGGCAGCGUGUGGGCCCCAUGUCUGCAGUGGGCACAACAGCCCCGCUGCCCACAGAGCCUCCUGUGGAGCCCCGCCUAGGUGAGCUGGACGUGUCAGCAGUGACCUUGGACACUGUGAGUCUCUCAUGGACAGUGGCCCAGGGCCUCUUUGACUCCUUCCUGGUCCAGUACAAGGAUGCCCAAGGGCAACUCCAGGUGCUGCCCACAAGUGGAGAGCUCCGGGAGAUCACUGUCUUAGGCCUGGAAUCAGCCCGAAAGUAUAAGUUCCUCCUCUUCGGACUCCAGGAUGGGAAACGGCGGGGUCCAAUCUCUGUGGAAGCAAAAACCCUUGCAGACACGAAACCGUCUCCCCGCCUGGGGGAGCUGACAGUGACAGAUGUGACCCCUGACUCCCUGGGUCUCUCCUGGACGGUCCCUGAGGGCGAGUUUGACUCCUUCGUUGUUCAGUACAAGGACAAGGAUGGGCAGCCGCAGGCAGUCUCUGUUGAGGCAGACCAGCGAAAGGUUACCAUCCAGGGCCUGGAGCCAAACAGGAAGUACAAGUUCCUGCUCUACGGGCUGGCAGGCAGGAAGCGACUGGGGCCUGUCUCUGCUGAAGGUGCCACCGUUCCCUUGAAGAAGGAGCAGCCCCCACCCCGCCUCAAGGAGCUGACAGUGACGGACAAGACAUCAAACUCCCUGCGCCUUUUGUGGACAGUGGCCCAAGGUUCCUUCGACUCCUUCGUGAUCCAGUAUAGGGACACAGACGGGCAACCCCAGGUGGUGCCUGUGGCUGGAGACCAGCGUGAGGUCACUGUUGAAGGCCUGGAGCCAGACAGGAAAUACAAGUUCCUGCUCUACGGGCUUCUGAGAGGAAAGCGCCUGGGCCCAGUCACCACCUUGGGAAUGACAGCACCAGAAGAGGACACACCAGCCCCCUGGCACCCUACCACAGAGGCCCCCGAGCCUCCUGAAGAGCCCCGCCUGGGGACGUUGGAGGUGACCGACGUGUCCUCAGAUUCCCUGCACCUGUCAUGGACGGUGGCCCAGGGCCCCUUUGACUCCUUUGUGGUUCAGUAUGAAGAUGCAGAUGGGCAGCCCCAGGUCUUGCUCGUGAGCAACAACCAACACAAGGUCCUGGUGUCGGGACUGGAGCCCAGCACCUCCUACACGUUCUUCCUCUAUGGCCUUCGGGAAGGGAUGCGCCUGGGACCCGUCUCCACUGAGGGCACCACAGGGCAGGCUCCUGCCAGUCAGCUCCCAGGAGAGCCAGGGCCCCGCCUGUCCCAGCUGUCAGUGUCUGAUGUGACCACCAGUUCCCUGCGGCUCAACUGGGAGGCCCCUCUAGGGGGCUUUGACUCCUUCCUGCUUCGCUUUGGGGUCCCAUCACCCAGCACUCUGGAGCCUCACCCUCUGCUGCAGCAGGAGCUGACGGUGCCAGGGACACGACGCUCAGCUGUGCUCCGGGACCUGCAGCCAGGGACCCUGUACAACCUCACGCUGUAUGGGCUGCGUGGGCCCCACAAGACCGACAGCAUCCAGGGCACUGCCCGCACCCUCACCCCAGUUCUGGAGAGCCCUCGUGACCUUGAAUUCAGUGACAUUAAGGAGACCUCAGCCACGGUCAGCUGGAUACCCCCUUCAUCCAGAGUGGACAGCUUCAAAGUCUCCUACCAGCUAGCAGAUGGAGGGGAGCCACAGAGUGUGCAGGUAGACGGCCGAACCCAGACCCAGAAACUCCAGGGGCUCAUCUCAGGUGCUCGCUACGAAGUGACUGUAGUUUCUGUCCGAGGCUUUGAGGAGAGCGAGCCUCUCACAGGCUUCCUUACCACAGUUCCUGAUGGCCCCACCCAGCUUCAUGCACUAAACUUGACGGAGGGAUCUGCCCUGCUGCACUGGACACCCCCUCAGACCCCAGUGGACAAAUACAAAGUCCAGGUUACAGCUCCAGGGGCCCCAUCUGUACAGGGCUCAGCCCCAGGCAGCGCUGAGGACUAUCCCCUGCAUGACCUGAAACUCCACACCAACUACACGGCCACUGUGCGUGGCCUUCGGGGCCCCAACUUCACUUCCCCGGCCAGCAUCACCUUUACCACAGGGCUGGAGCCCCCCCAGGACUUGACAGCCCAGAAGGUGACCCCUCGUACAGCCCUGCUCACUUGGACUGAACCCCCAGUCCUACCCACAAGCUACCUGCUCAGCUUCGACACCCCUGGUGGACAGACCCAGGAGAUACUGCUCCCUGGAAAUGUCACCUCUCAUCAGAUCCGCCGCCUCUAUCCCUCCACCCCCUACAAUGCCCACAUCCGGGCCGUGUGGGGCCAGAGUUUCUCGCCACCUGUGUCCACCACGUUCAUCACUGGUGGACUGCCAGUCCCCUUCCCACGUGACUGUGGGGAGGAGAUACUGAAUGGGGCCGGCCCCUCAAGGGCCACCACCAUCUUUCUCAACGGCAACCGCGAGCGGCCUCUAGAUGUAUUCUGUGACAUGGAGACAGAUGGGGGCGGCUGGCUGGUGUUCCAGCGGCGCAUGGAUGGACAAACAGACUUCUGGAGGGACUGGGAGGACUAUGCCCAAGGCUUUGGGAACAUCUCUAGGGAGUUCUGGCUGGGCAAUGAGGCCUUGCACAGUCUGACCCAAGCUGGUGACUACUCAAUGCGUGUGGACCUGAAGGCUGGGGACGAGGCCGUGUUUGCCCAGUAUGAAUCCUUCCGAGUAGAUUCGGCUGCUGAGUUCUACCGUCUCCACUUGGAGGGUUACCACGGCACCGCAGGGGACUCUAUGAGCUACCACAGCGGCAGUGUCUUUUCCGCCCGUGAUCGAGAUCCCAACAACUUGCUUAUCUCCUGUGCUCUCUCCUACCGCGGGGCAUGGUGGUACAAGAACUGUCACUAUGCCAACCUCAAUGGGCUCUACGGAAACACAGUGGACCACCAGGGAAUAAGCUGGUACCACUGGAAAGGCUUUGAUUUCUCAGUGCCCUUCACGGAAAUGAAGCUGAGGCCAAGAAGCUACCGGCCCCCAGCCUAGGGAGGCUGA